UAUACAUGUAAUCACAGAACGACAGCUUGUACUGAUAUACAUAUUGUACUUAAGUCACAGUGUCAAUUUCUAUGUGGUUAAUUGCUGCUAUCAGAGGCAGGAACACUUUCUUUCUCAACAAAGAAAUACAAUAAUUGUUUUUCCUUGACUCAUUGCGAAAAAUUACAAAUUACUCAAAAUUAUAAAUAACUUGAGGAAAUAGAAGCGAGUGACUGGUUCUAGUAAGAAUUGAACUGCCAUUUGACAACAAGGUGACAAAGGAGGAGCUGAAUAUUAAUGGAUUGUCUUUCCCCAUUAGCAGCGUUAUCACUGGCGUUGGUUUUAACGUUUUCAGGUGCUACAGAGGUGUACCAAUUUGAUGAACAAUGCAGACUUAGAUCGAAAUCUGUUGGAGUGUUUCUGGACAACAAGGUACUACACAUUGACCAGGCAGCUGUAUUAGACUUCGACCAUUCCAGCCAAAAUGAAGAAUACAUUGAUUGUUACGUAACUGUGAAAGAAAUCGGAAUGAAAGUAUCCCUUCAUUUCCAAAAACUCAAUCUCAACCUGUACACUGAAAGGUUGUUCAUCUAUGAGAACAUUGGUGUACACAGACUUAAUGCUCUUUCACCGGUCGGGGGAAUAUAUGGGAGCCUAAUUCCCGGAGAAGAAACAAUCCAUCCUGGUGUCCAUGACUAUAGCACUUCAACGAAUGACGGAAUGACAGUCUAUUAUACCGCCACUCCAGCCUUGCGGUCCAGUCAUUUCAGAUUGGUGGUCACUGCCUAUAUAGACUCUGUAGCAGAUACCUGUCCACUGGACUAUUUUCUGUGCUCCAACAAACGUUGUAUUCAUUCGCAGUUGAGGUGCGAUGGUUAUCCCAACUGUGGAGAAUUAGAUCGCAGUGAUGAAGCUGGUUGUUACACUCCACCAGGGCAAGAGGCGGUCUCCGUAAAACAAGAAUAUAAAGAAGACGGGUCUGUAGAUGACAGCUCCCUGAACUAUGACAUUGGUAUAGUUGCUGUUUGUGUGGUUGUUGGGGCGCUGGUAGUGGUG